AGGCCGGCGGGGCGGGUCCUAUAGAAAAUUGAAAGAGAAAAUACAGCAACACAAUCAAAGCUUAGUCAAUUGAAUCUCCAUUCGGUUAGCCUUCUCCCUUGUGGACAUACUGAAUACAAAGAUGCCCUCGGCAACAAAUGGCAACAGGACUGUGAAGUCUGCUAGCCCAGAUGUAGGAUCCGCUCCCGGAUCAAUGACCCAGAUCACGGGCUGUACCCAGUCAUCUGGGGCCCAAACAGAAGCCUUGAAACAGGUUCUGAAUGUCAUUGAGAAAAAAGUUCGCAACAUGGAGAAGAAAAAGAGCAAGCUGGAUGACUACCAGGCCAGGAACAACAAAGGAGAACGUCUCAACCAAGACCAGCUGGAAGCCCUAUCCAAAUAUCAGGAAGUGAUCAAUAACCUGGAGUUCGCCCGAGAGCUACAGAAGACUUUCUUGGCUUUGGGUCAAGAUAUCCAGAAGGCCGUGAGGAAGGCAGUGCGGCGGGAGCAGCUGCAGCGAGAUGAAGCGGAGCAGAAGAGGUUGAAGAAGGUUCUAGAAGUGCAGUUCCUCCUGGACCAGCUCGGGGACAAGACCGUGCGGCAGGAGCUGCUCCAGGGAGCAGCAGGACCCUCGCUGCUGACAGACAGUGACCUUUCUGCCCUGGAUGAGUUUUACAAACUGGUGGGGCCAGAACGUGACCAAAACAUCAGGUUGACUGACCAGUAUCAAGAAGCUUCACAGCACUUAUGGGAACUGUUGGAGGGGAAGGACAAGGCGGUGGCAGGAACAACAUACAAAGCUCUUAAGGAGACACUGGACAGGGUGCUGCAGAGCGGUUACUUCGACAGGGCUCCGCCUCACCAAAAUGGAGUGUGUGCUGAGGAGGAGGAGGAGGAGCAGCAGCAGCCGGCAGCAGUGGUGGAGUCGUCUGAAGCGGAGGACCAGCCUGCAGACACAGAGGGGGAAAUGACUGAAGAAUAUGCAGAACCAAUUACGGUGGAAGCCACAGAGUUUGUAAAUAGACAGUUCAUUCCAGAGACAACGUACAGCAGCAGUGAUAAGGAGCAAGGAGAUGAGUGGAACACAGAAUCUGAGACGGUGAACUCCAUGCCACAGCAGCAACCGGUUCAGACGUCCCCUCCUCCGGUGGUCCCUGACCCCCACCCUCUGACCUCCAUGGCUCCCACACCCACCCCAGACCCUGUUGUCAGGAAACAAGUGGUGCAGGACCUGAUGGCGCAGAUGCAGGGGCCGUACGACUUUAUGCAGGACUCCAUGCUGGAGUUUGAUGGACAGCAACUGGACCCGGCUAUUGUAUCGGCACAGCCAAUGAAGCCAGCCCAGAGCUUGGACAUUCCUCAGAUGGUGUGCGCCCCAGUUCAUUCAGAUUCCCGCCUUGCUCAACCCACCACCGUACCUGUGCAGCCUGAACCCACUCAAGUCCCCAUGGUCUCCACCUCACCAGAGGCCUUCUCUACACCACCCCCCAUGUACCAGCCCACACACACCGCAGACCCCAGGCCACCCACUGAUCCCAUUAACCCCAUUCAGGCUUCCAUGUCCAUGUCGGAGCAGCCCCCUCCCACCUCGGCUCUAACUGCGGCGUCUCAGACCCCGCAGGUGUUUCCAGCAGGGGCUAAACCUCUCCACAGCAGUGGCAUCAACGUCAACGCAGCUCCAUUCCAGUCAAUGCAGACAGUCUUUAACCUCAAUGCCCCCGUCCCUCCAACCAAUGAGAGUGACUCCCUGAAGCAAGCCAGUCAGUACCAGAACAGCUACAACCAAGGUUUCAGCAACCAGACCCAGCACCCUGUGGACCAGCCAGAGAUUCAACCUGAUCAGCUGCAGUCUGUGGUUGGUGCUUUCCACUCCCAAGACCAGUCCCUGCCCAGCACUGGAGGCCACCAGCCCAUGUCCCAGCAGCCCACCAGUCAGGGCGCUGGCUUCGGCCGCCCGGGCCAGUCCUUCUACAACGGCAGGGCCAUGCCCCGCGGUGGGCCCAGAAACUCCCGCGGUAUGAUCAACGGCUACCGAGGACCAUCCAACGGAUUCAGAGGUGCAUAUGACGGUUACCGCGCACCCUUUUCCAACACCUCAAACUCUGGGUAUGGACAAGCCCAGUUCAACACGCCUCGAGACUACUCCAACAGCAACUACCAGAGGGACGGGUAUCAGCAGAACUACAAGCGUGGUGCAGGUCAGGGCCUGCGGGGCGUAUCCCGGGGCAACGCUCAAGCCAUGCGCUCCUGAACUGCCUGGAGACUGACACCUUAGGCUCUACUGAACAUUCAAAUUUCAACGAAUAAAAAAGGCCCCACACACAGCCCCCCCCCCCCUUUUUUUUUCCCCCCCAUUUUGUCAAUAGGUUGUUUUCUGUUCACCCUUCUUGGCUCUCUCUUUUUUUAAUCAAAGUAAACCUACUUUGAUAUAUAUUUAGAAAAAUAUAUAUUAAAUGUUUUAAUCAAAACAUUGAGUCAAACACACAAGCCAAGCUGAAAAUCUAUGGUGUUAUGAUUUUAAGGCAAGCCUGUGUCUCUAACAGAUAUUCCUGUAAACUUGAAAGAUUUCAUUAAUUUAUUUUUUUGUAUAAAAUGGAUCGCAAAAAUAUCUGCCACUGUUGGUCCAAUUCCUGGGAGUACUUUUUUUCUGCCCAACCCCACCAAUUUUUUUUUCCAUCCCCCCCUUUGACUCUCACACUGACUCGUUUUGGUUCUACGACAUUUAUUACUCUCUUUUUGGUACCUUUUAAAAAAACUCCCGAUCCCUCAGUUUGUAAAUUGAUGUUGCUUCGACAGGUUCAAUAAAGAUGUGUUGCAUUACACGUGA